GAACUGAUGGCGCCAUAAAACCUGAGCGCGAACGGAAAGCCAAGAACGGAGCUCAAAGGCAGAGAAACAUCGAAAUUACCGAAGAAUUCUAGUCCAAAGCGCAAAUGAGCUCCAAAGAUUCUGCAUUGCAAGUGUUCGGGCAGCGUUCGAUCAAGUCGUCGGCCCUCUUUCGUUCUUCGAACCCAGGCAAGGACGCCAAGGAGGAUGCGAGCGGAGACCAGAAAGCGGGCUGGACGCGCGUCUCUCUGUCUGAGUUUCUUGAUCGGAAACUGCAGAGAACCUCAUCUCCGCCGGGCACGGUUCAGGGCAAGGUAAAGCCUUUUUCGACACUCCUGGGCGCUAGAAACGUGAGCGAGUUGGGCAAUUCGCAAGACUGCAAAAAGAAAGCAUUGGCAGAAAAUAAGUGCAGUGUCGAUAAUGCUUUAUUUGAGCAGUUCAAGCUUACAUGUAAAGAAAGUGGAGAAGAUUGUAAUGUCUUUGAGCAGUUCAAGCUUACAUGUGAAGAAAGUGGAGAAGAUCGCAAAGUUGCAACCAGCUCCAGUAAGGUCGGAGACUCUGCAGAAGUUGAUGAAGGGAGGGAGUCCAGAAAGAGACGGAACCCUUUUGGAGGUGGAAUUGUCUCUCCUCUGAAGCGAGUCGUAGUUCUGGGACAAGCUCCAAAUCCCGAGCAGCGAAGGAAGGCAGAGAAUAUUAGCCUGAACGAGAAAAGAAGGCCUCUCUAUAACCACUAUGCAAAUGGUGGAGGCUUUUGGGACAGUGGCAUGGAGGGCUUUGAGACUGAGGAGGUUGGGGAGAGUGAAGUAUGGGAAGGGGUAGGAUCUACCACAUUAGGUGGCAUAGAUUGGCACUGAAGUGAAAGCUGAUGUUUUGAUCAUGUUAAUAUGCAAUGCCUUCAGUUCUCUUUCUUUUUCAUUCUUUAUGUCAAGAUUUAUCCUUCAUUAGCAUUAUCAAGGAUGCUGGUUAAAGUCCUUUUUUGGCUAAA